AUGCCUCCAUCUAUGGAUACGAGCUACCUCACCACCCAAGUCAACACUAUUAUCGGCCAACUACACUCCAUAUUUGACGAGAUAGGAGUUCCUCGAAAUGAGCGCGAAUCGAGGGAAACAGAGCUCUUUGCCGCUCUAUCUGAAGCUCUACACAACCAGCUUCGACUGGUCAACUCGGAGAAGAAUGCCAUGACGGAAGAAGCUCAGAACAUCAUCAAAACCAUCAAACAAAUGGAACAAUCUCUUGAAGACGAAAAGGAUAGAGGCUACGAUUUGGACACCAAAGGUCUACGGGUCACCUAUCCCCUGAUCGACUGUCUACGCGACCUCAAAGAGAAAUACAAUGUUGUCAACAGAUUACAUCGCGAACGUUUUGAACAAGUCAAGAAGCUUGUGCAAGCCCUCGAGUCAUACUCUUCUCACCUCGAGUCAUCAUUUGUCAAGAUCAGACUACCUCCUACCUCCUCCAACAGCUGUCCUCCCAACUUCGACCUCUCCCCCUCCUACGUCGCCACACUUGAUGAAGAGUUUACCAGGGUAUACGAUGAAUAUAACAAGAGAGUUGUGAUCGUGCAACAAACUGCAGAAGAGAUUGUCAGGUUGUGGUCAGAGCUGGGCAUCCCCCAAGCACAGACAGACUCCCUGAUUGUUCAACACUACCGCGACUCGCCUGAGCAGCUAGGUCUACACCAGGCCGAUCUUGAUCGGCUGAAGAGUCGUCGCGAUAAGCUCCUGGACGAGAAAAAGAACCGCGAGAAGCGCUUGGGUGAAGUGAAGAAGAGUAUCGAGGCGCUGUGGGAUCGGCUUGGAAUCGAAGAGCCCGACAGGAAAGCAUUCCUGGCUGCCAACCGAGGCUGUGGACUUAGGACCAUCAACGAGUUCGAGGACGAACUGGCGAGACUCAAUGAGCUCAAGAGACAGAAUUUGCAUCUGUUUGUCGAGGAUGCUCGUGUCAGACUGCAAGAACUCUGGGAUACACUGUACUUCUCCGAAGAAGAGAUGCUCGAUUUCACGCCGGCUUUCUCAGACGUCUACAGUGACGCUCUGCUCUCUGCCCACGAAGCAGAAAUCGAAAGACUCAUAACGCUAAAAGAACAACGAGCACCCAUUCUCGCUAUGGUCGAGAAGUACAAGUCUCUGAUAGCCGACCGAGAGGCUCUGGCGGCAUCUGCCAAUGAUGCUUCACGCCUCUUGUUGAAACCUCAAAAGGGAGAGAAACGUGAUCCGGGAAAGUUGCUAAGAGAGGAGAAGAUGAGAAAGCGGAUCGCAAAAGAGCUGCCAAAGGUUAUAGCAGAGUUGACAAAGGUUUUGGAGAAAUACGAGGAUGAAUAUGGGCGACCCUUCCUGGUCCAGGGUGAACGAAUGCUAGACGAGAUCGAAGACACUGAAGUCAAAGCACCUCCGCCACGAUCCAAGACACCAAAUGGUCUCCCGCCGAGAUCAAAGACCCCUGCACCUGCGACCGCUUCGAAAGCAGUUGCUAGUGCCGCAAAGUCUGCACCUCCAGCAAGACCAGGCAGCGUGAUGAAAGGCCCGCCACCACGGUCAACAACAGCGAAAACUCCCACAACCAGCAGGCCUGGCACCAUGCGACAACAAGCGGCACCAACUUCAAUAGCCACGACCACUGUAUCCUCAUCCCAACCCAAGUCUCCCUCCAAAAUCCCGGCUCGCGUCCCUCUGGGAAAUUUGAAGAACUCACCUGAACGCCGGGCAGUUCCUCAACCAGGUCCACACCACAUGCCAGCAGAACCACAGCAAAACUACGCCCAAACUGCCAGGACGAUGGGACCACCACGCGCACCUCCACCAAAGAUGAGAGAUCUGUUUGUGCCACCGCCAGAAGCCGCACCCGCUCUCGCAGUGACUUCCCAGCCUCCUCCGCCGACGUCUAAUAGACCUGCAAGCACCAUCUCUUCCGGGUCAAGUGAAAGCAGUCGAUACGUACGACCAAUGAGCCCAGAAGAUGUAUAUGACGACCGUGAGAGAAUGUCAUAUAUGUCUGCCUCACUCAUCAAUCGGGGCGGUCAGCAACACCCCCAGUACGCCCCCCUUCCAUCUCAUCAAUCCGACCCAUUCUACCAAUCUCAUGUGUCACAUCAACAUCAACAUCAGCCUUCCCAUUCUUCGUCCAAUUCCAUACAUAGCCAUAGUCAGAGCAUACGACAUAACCCCUCUGCGCCGCCUUCGACGAUUGUUUCUCGCCAAACUUCCAAUACUUCGUCCAACAUGACGACUGGCACCACAGCUAGUGGGAGUGAGAACUGGGAAACAUAUUCGGAUGUCUCAGAUAUGGAACCUGAACGAGACCUCCGGGAUACUUACUACUCGUCGAAAACACUUGGUCACAACCCCAUGGCCAACGCACUAGGUCCGAACUAUAACACGAACGGGCAGAAGCGACCGGUUACAGCGGCUGGCCCGCCUGCUGGAGGGACCGCUUUCGCAGGGCAGAUGGGGCCACCGCCGGCGAAGAAUCAUCACACCGGAUACCAAAGCUCUCAGUAUCGCCAUGCGCAGGAGAGAUUUAGGGAGAUGUCAGAUGAGAACGCCCAUUGCGGCGUUGUGAGAGUCGAGGGCAGCGAUGCGGCAUGGAGCACGGAACUCGAGGAGUCGUAUUAG